CUCAGUCCGGCUCAGCCGUCGCGCUACGACGACGCCUCCGAGUCGCGCGCUACGAUCGCGAACCUGCGCUCGCUGCACCUACCGUACGAACUGAGCGCGCGCCACCAAAAUAGUGAGCUCGUGGCCGGGAGCGGUCCUUCCGCGGUGACAUAGAGUGGUCGCAGCGCCAUGCUGCGCGCGCUGCUGCUGCUGGCGCUGGUGGCGCCGGCCCCGGCGGCCGCGCGCCGCCACGCGCCCGACCUGCGCGAGGACGAGCCCGCGCGCCGCACCACCCGCCCCGCCGAAUGUUUGUUCGGCAAACAAGCAAUGGAGCUCGGUUCCAAGUGGUUUGCAGACCUGGGCCCGCCCUUCGGCGUCAUGUACUGCAUCAAAUGUGAGUGUGUUGCGGUGCAAAAGAAACGGCGUGUAGUGGCUAAGGUUCACUGUCGGAAUAUCAAGAACGAGUGUCCGGAACCGUCUUGUGAUACUCCAGUUCUGCUUCCCGGCAGAUGCUGUAAAACGUGCCCUGGAGAUUUAAACUCUCCUGAUAUUGUUCAGGAAGACAGUCCAAUUGUCAUAACGAAUGAAGAAGACGAAAAAAACAUGAAAUAUUUCGCAUCAUUUCUGACUGGGCGAUCACCGCUGUGUGUGAGGCGAGAUGACAUGUCAGGGGUGCCUGUGGCUCCGGGCGUGGCUACCGCCCGCUUCACCUUCCGACGACGCCACCUCUAUUGGUCUCUCCUUCUCAGCCCUUCGAUACAAAACCCGCCUCGAGCAGUCGCCUUCCUCGAUAGAGAAGGCCGAGUCUUAUUAGAACAGUCACUGAAAAAAAUACCUGGGAUUCACGCAACGUAUGAAGAAAAAACCGAUAAGCUGUGCGGCGUGUGGCGCCGAGUGCCGCGCCAGUACAAGACGCUACUGCGGGACGGCGACCUGCACGUGGCGCUGCUGUGGGGCGACGCCAGGAACAACUCCAUCGACAGCGCUCUCAGCGGCAGAAUCGACAGGUAUCCAGCGUUAUCGUCGGAGAUGUUUACAACACUGUUAGAGCCCGAGCACCCUCCCACCUCCAUCGGUGAGGGCGCCUGUCGGGACUACCCAGCCAUGGAGUACGAAGACGGCUGGUGGGGCGGCACGGCCGUCAUCACCGCCGUCGCUGGAGCCACGCCUAGCCUCUACCUGGCUCUGGUCUUCAACGGAGUAUUCCCCAAAGCGGCUGUCGCGCCACACCUUGUACGAGUAGUCCUCACUCUCCCAGAGAAAAACCAGACCAUCAUUGAUCAGGUGCAGAGGGUAAGCAAACCCCAUUACGACUUUAAUGUUCUGGAAGUUUCGACCCCGGUGUCAGCCGCAGAACUGCGUUCCCUGGCGCGAGGACGCUUACUCCUCACUGUGGAGGCAGUGGACACCCCCGAGCGGAGGAUCGUGGGCAGUGUCAGGCAGAAAGCGGCCUGCGAAGUCUACAACACCCCGCUUGUGUCUGAGAGGCUCUCGGCAACACCCGCCCCCGAAGGACUGGCCUUGCUCUACAUCGAUAAAGAUGGUUCCCUUGUCUAUGAUAUUCAGGUUGACAAUUUGGGUAUAACGGAUCCGAAGAUAACUUUGGUGGAAGAGCAAGGCAAGCGACACUCUCAAGUGGAAAUAUUGGACACCCGGAUUGGUGUACUGGCAAGACCAAGUGCUAGAAUAUUCCAGCCUUUGUACGAAGAGCAGUUGGCUGUUCAUAUAAGUGCUGAUACAGGUCCUCCCAUACUCCGAGGACGCCUAACAUCUCGCCUGCUGCCCGACGCAGCAGGAACAGGCCCUGCCUUACUCCAUAGAACUGGGCAGGUUCGGCUACCAGCGGCUAUGGCUGGCUUAGCGUGGCUGUCUGUUGACUCGCUGUGUGGACUUUAUUAUGAGACGGUAGUUACUGGCGGUAACGCUCGCUCCUGGUCCUCCUGGUGGUUAGAAACCCACGCGGGGACGGACGGAGGCGCGCGGGAGCUGGGUGGCGAGGAGGGAUGGGUGCUGGAGCCCACGUCAGCGGAGCUGGUGGCGCUGCACGUGGGCGCCGCGUAUUUGGAGCUGCGCGCGCAUGACAAUGUCACGGUCAUCUUGCGCACGCGAGUACCACAGAUAAGCGUGCCACCUUCGUGCCUGCCGGCCGUGCCCGGUACUUCGGACAACGAGCUCAGUGCCAAGUACACUCCGGGGCCACUGGAAGACCAGAUGACGGACUAUUCGCUGUUCCGGCUCAAUGUCAACUAUUGCACGCAGAGAGAUAAGUUCUACAAGCUGGGAGAGACUUGGACAGAUACUGAGACUUGUUCAAAAUGCUGGUGUGUACUGGGCAUGCCUCGGUGCGAGCCGGUGCAGUGUCCGCCCGUCAACUGUCUCGUGCCCACCAUCAAGCCGCCCGGACAGUGCUGCCCUAUCUGCACCAAUUCAACAACAGCAGUAUGGUCAGAGAACGGCAGCUGUGUGUUGGCGGGACAGAGCUACGCACCGGGUUCCUCCUGGCACCCGUACCUGGUGCCCGGGGGGUACGACACCUGCGCCAUCUGCACUUGCAACUUCGAGACCCGACAGAUCCAGUGCCCAAGGGUUAAGUGCCCACCGCUCAGGUGCAGCGAGAAGGAAGCUUAUAGGCCGGACAAGAAGGCCUGCUGCAGAGUGUGUCCAGAGGUGAAAGCGAAGAAACCAGACGAAGAGACUCCAAAAGACCAGGGAGCACCGCGCACCGCUGAGGAGAUCCUGGCGGAGGGCGGCUGCAAGUUCCCCGACGGGCCGCUGCCCAACGGCAAGGAGGUGCAUCCCUCCAUACACUCGCACGGCGAGCAGCGCUGCGUCACGUGUCGGUGCAAGGACGGCGAGGUGACGUGCGUGCGCAAGCGGUGCGGGCGCGCUGCGUGCGCGCGGCGGCGGCGCCCCGACGCGUGCUGCGCGUGCGCGCGCCACCGCCGCCAGCGCGCGCCGCGCCCCGCGUCGCCCCGUUUAGAUUGCGUCCUCGGUGCCCGUCGCCGAACCGAACCACCGAAGCCCCGCUGA